GCGUGCGGCCGCUUUCGCGAUCCAGUCAGUGAGUCCGCGCGCGCCGGCGAAGCGCGACAUGAACCUGCUCCCGCCACGCGAGCGCACGACCGACAUCGUUGUGGUGGAGUCGGACCUCCACCACUGUUCCAACGAACCUGUCCUUCCCGAAGACAACGUCAACCACUGCAACUACAGUUCAUAUAUACCAACAGGUGAUAUAGAUACGGAAAAAGGCAAAACCAUCUUACCUCAAAGAACAAGAAUCCUGGAACUCCUGCGACCUGAGGAUCCAGGGCGGGAAGAGCUGGAGGCGAUAGUCCGGCCAGUCCCGCGACGGGGUCUUACUAAACCUUACGAUGAAGACACUUGGAGGUUUCUACAAAGAGCAUUACAAACUCCUAGUCCACAUAGCAUAUCAACUCCCGUAACCCCUGAGUCACAAACAUACACUAAGUCGUCAUUAAGUCCAAAAACUGAAAGAUCUCUUGCUGAUGAACUGCGGGAAGCUGAAGAAGAAGAGAGCAACGGCAGUCACAUGCGCAGAGAGCUGCUCAGAGAAUUUCAAAAACGUGGAGGAGGGAUUAGGGAGGCUUUGGAGAGAGAUAGAUUGGCGAAGUUGGCGCUUUCUGUAGAAGAUGAUGAAGAAGAAUACGAUGACGAGAGUGGAUUGACAGCAGCGGCGAGGCGGCUGGACGCUCUGCUAGCAGAGUCUCGGAACCUGCAUGAGGAGUUGGCGGAGAUCCACGAAGACAUCCAGGCGGAGUCAGCGCGUGCUAUCCGGUGCGCGGCGGCAGCAAGGGCCCUCACCGCCCAGACCCAGGCCGUGCAAUACCUGGACGAUGUGGUAGCUCUGCUCCGGGGGAACCUCACCGCUGCUCCCAGGGUCAAGAGCUGGCCCUUCGCCCUCGGCGGCCGCCAUCCAGAGCGCAACUACGUCGUGUGAUAUUAGAUAGCGGCAGUACUUGAAUUGAGUGAACUGUGUGCGUCGGACGUGCCCGACGUAACCCACGCAAUGACACUGGAUUUGAUACCAUUUUGUUUUUAUUAUUUUAAGUUGAUAUCUCUUUUAUAUAAUGCAUCCCAUGUGGCUAAGUCUUUAAACACUAAACUCGGCCACUUCACAACAAUACUAUAGGGUUGCAUACCAUUAGAUAAUUAAUAUUGUUUUAUUAUAUAAGAAAGUGUUACUAUAAGAUGUGUGUGUAUUUGGCAUCGGCAGAAUAUUAAUAUACAUUGGACAAGCUGCCGAUUCCAAAGAUACCAUUACUUUCUUGUAGAAGGAAAGGUGGAUGUGAAUGAAACAAUUUUGAACUUACAUUUAUAAUACUACACGAAUUUUUUUUUCU